UGGAGAUGUGUUUAUUUGUGCAAGGACAGAAGUUGUCAUCAAAGGUAAAAAAUAACAAAACAAUAACACAAAUAUUUUUAAAAAUCUAGAACUAGGAAAUCUCGAUCAGAUGGCGUGUUAGAUUCCAGUUACGGCCCAUUCGUGAAACAUUUCCCAGAUCAUUCCUUGAGCUAUAUAUCAGAGGUACUCUGGCUUAUGGGCCAAAUAUGUCCCUUCAAACGGAAAAAAAUAGAAAUCUUGCUCAUGCCUUCAAGUCUUUUAUGAGAUAUAAAGGCGACAGGAUACACCUUAUUAUUUACUAUCACCUCUAAAAUGUCUCUGAUAAACAGAUUUUCUAUAAAAAAAAUAAUGACAAUCUCUUCAUGGACGGUGUACUCACAAAAUUUUAUCACCCCCCCCCCCCACACACACACAUUGUGUUCAGAUGUGACAAAAGUUUUCUCGUUUUCAUUGUUCGUAGCCACAUCCAUGUUACCCUCUCCCACUACUAAAAUGUCUCUGAUAAACAGAUUUUCUAUAAAAAAAAUAAUGACAAUCUCUUCAUGGACGGUGUACUCACAAAAUUUUAUCACCCCCCCCCCCACACACACACAUUGUGUUCAGAUGUGACAAAAGUUUUCUCGUUUUCAUUGUUCGUAGCCACAUCCAUGUUACCCUCUCCCACUUUUGGACCGAAACAUGUGGACACGGACGUUGCAGUCUUUGCAGUUGUGUCAUCCAUGGUCAACACAUUACCUUUUCAAUGAUUCAUUUUCAUAUAAGAGGCAGUUUCCUUUGCACAAGCCGAAUGUUAUCUGUGCCAUUAUUUGUAUUCGCUACCACAUGGGCUAUGUUGGCAAAAUUGGCCGGCGAAUUUCCGAUAGAUUUACUGAACAAAUUCACAAUAUUGUGAAAGAGAAACAACGUGCUAAAUUGUCUCAAUGCUAUAGAAGUGCCUACAAGGGUGCCGAGGACGUUUCCCUAAUAGGUGUUUUUAACUCUCCCAAAAGCCAGCCAGGGUAACUUGGAGAUAAGAAUGAUCCACAACAUGACAUUACUAUCAUGUUUUCUUUCACUUUCUAAAAAUGUACUGCCUCUUUUACAUUAUUCAUCCAAUCGCCGUGUACUUCUUUUCUUUCGUAUUUCUCCCUUAUCAAUAAUAAUAAUAACUUCUUUACCUAAUCAGAUCUUACCACCUUCUUUCGCAGUUUCUCUCAGAUAUUACAUUCAAGAUUCGAUUUUACUUUUUAUAUGUUGAAUAUUUAAGAAAAAACUGUAUGUUUGUUAUUCUUUGUUUGUACUGUUAGUUGACGACGGCUUCUUGUCGAUACGUUCGUUCUUUCGUUGUGACCUUUAUUUUAAGUUUUCCAUUUGGUUUUCCUUGCAUAACUGAUAUCGGUAGAAUGAAUUAACUUAUUAUUUGUUAUCUAUUGAUAGCAGAGGGAAGAGAAUCUGAAUAAUUUUUCCCGGCUGAUGAAUCCACUUAUAAAGCAGUCGUUGUUCCACUGCGCGGGUUUUCAAUGGGUUCAUUCGUGAGGAUACUCUGACGUUACUUUCAUUGCACAACCUGACCCAAUCUUAGGAUAUUUUUGCCGCGAUAUAAGAAUUAAUGACUAAAUAUGACUUUAAAGUCAGUAAAAUUUGACUCCCUGACAAGGACAGGAAUAAAAAAAAAAAGGACUUGUUGAAAUGGCCACAAAGUGACGGAGUAAUUUUGAUGAGAUCUUGCACGUACUUGAAGUGACGUUGUCAAUAGUAUAUGUAGCAAUUUACACAGACAGUCCAUCUUAACCCUGAUAUUUAACAAUGUUGACUUGAAUUCAAAGUGAUGAAUAUGGAUAAUUUUAGAACAACGUUUUGGCAAAGGGAGCAGAGUUGAAACUGGUCAAUCCUGUCAAGGAAAAAGUGAAGAAAGUUCGUUCUCUAAGACGCAAUUAAAUGCAUACAUCGAAAACAUAUUUAAAAACGUCAGAGUAGUGACCAGACCGAUCACUUCAUUCACACACCCUGCGAGAGCCACACGGUAGAAGGUAAAAUUUUACCGAAUGUGGACUCUAGAAAUUUUUAAUCCGGCACGGAACAAAAUUGAAACUUUUUAAUUUCAUUAGAAUCUAUUCAUCAUAAAAAUAUCGCCCUUGUUUAAAACUAAGCUAAAUAACAUGUACAGAACAUGGAGACUUGAGUUAUCAAAAUAAUGUUGGAUUUCUAAGGAAAGGAGCGGUUUUCGAUACUUCAUGAGUUUCUGAAAACUGAAAAGUCUAAGAAGACUAUAAGAGUUUGUGAAGUUUUCCACAAAUGUAGACAACAGGGUAACUAUUUCUUUUAGUUGGACAUUACUUUUCAGCUUAAUGAGCGUAUAUUUCACUACAAGGUAAGAAUAAGAUUGUCCAGCAGGUAUAACAGAAAAAUAUUUCUCUUCAUAUGAAGUUUGCAUCAUUUACAGCUAUUGAUACAGUCCGUAAUUAUGUGUUCAACGUGGUUCUAGGACGUGGUUCUGGCGGGUAAUUCAGUACUACUAGCUUUGGCGGGUACUUCAGUACUGCUAGUUUUGGCGGGUACUUCAGAACUGCUAGCUUUGGGCCAUGCUGUACUCUGAUGUACUCUAUUAUAUUCUGUGACAUCCUUUUCUUCAAAUGUUUUUUUCAGCGCCUUUGGAUGAGUUCAUUUUUGAUGUGUUCACUCGCGAAGGCCGCGUUGAAUAUAUUGAAGGAGCAACCAUAAAUAUGAUUUGUUCCAUACAGGUUAGUUUAUAUUUGUUUCUUAUUUACAAAAAUUAUCAAAAUAGCAAAAGGUUCGAGAAGAUUUGCGUAGUUCAACUAAUUAUCGCUCGAGCAUUGUGAAAAUAUGGUUUCCAAUGUCAUGCCUCAAACUGAAAUCUCGUUCCAAAUCCAUACAAAAUAAACAAUUAAAAAAGUAUUUUAAUUUUAAUGGUUAAUAUUUUUCUCUAGGGUCCAAAAGACAUCACAUUUGACUGGCGAUUUGGUCGCCAACAUAGAAAUGGGAAAAUGAUUGACUACAGCUAUCCACUUCAUAACCACGCUACAACGACCGCUUCAAUCAUCUCCAAACCUGGUUUUGACAAGUGUCCUUACUACCAACACAAGUCACAUCUGAGCUUCAGGGCAGAGAGACGGUACAAUGGCU